AUCUAUGCAGAUGUUUGUGGUGCAGCUCGUUACUGUCGAUUGGAGCUCACUUGAUGAUCUUUUGCGUAGAAAGGGCUUUGUGAUUUAUUCAAGUUUUUCAUUCUGCAUUCUUCCUCACAUAUGUCUGUGUGAGCUGAAAUGAAUAACAUUACGUCGUGGAUGCAGCAAGCAAAACAGGUCACUAAAAAAAUCUCCGAUAUGAUGUAUAUACCAUCAGAGGAUAAUGUUGAGCCAGAGAUGACUUUGGGCGAUGUUGUAUCCAAGGAUGAAAAUGUUGAAACGGAAACUCAGGAGAAAGGUAUCAGCUUAAAAGAAGUGGAAAACAAAGAAAAUAUCUCAUCAAAUAAUGGGUUAAUGGUGAAAUUUGAAAGUGGUAGUGAUGGUAAGUCGAAUGUUGAAGGAUCAAACCGAAGCAAGCUUGAAACUAAUGGUCCUACGACUGUCGAAGCUGCAAAGAAAUAUGCAAAUUCUUUCUUUUCUUUGGCAAUGGAGGCAACAGCGAAAGCCGCAAUAACUGCUGAAGAAACCGCGAAAAAGUUGCAAAAUGUUGUCACUGAAAAGACAAUAAUUGGCAGUUUGGAUAAAGAGCAAGCGAAGUUCAAAGAUGAAGUAAAUGCAAAUAAAUUAACAGCAUGUAUAUUGCCGUGGUCCGAUCUGCCGGACCAAUGGGUUGCUAAAAAGCACAUUUUAUCACUCUCAUUGGAUGCUCGGAAUUUUAUUCGUGAUCCUCCAUCAGAGACAAAUUUUGAUUUCGCACAAAUGCAGUCGUUGGCAGCGGCUUUACUCGAAGAUGAUCCAAAUUUGAGGAAAAUUAGAUUCCAGCUUGUCCCAAAAAAAUUGAAUGAAGAACGUUUUUGGAGAAAUUACUUCUAUCGCGUUUCACUAGUGCGACAGGCAGCUCUCGGAGAGAACUGUCCACUCGUCGCAGAACUUCCCGUUUCUUCAAGAGCCAUCGAACUGGAUGAAAGCGUAAAAUCAUCUGGUUUAGAAGGCAAGAAAGCGCAAGAGGAAGUAGAAAUGAAAAAAGGAGACGACUUUUUAAAAACUAGCUUGAAAAAGCGGGGUGAAACUGGAAAUGAAGAUAGUGAAGCGAAGAAUAAAAAGCUGGAUGAAGUUCGUGAAAAUAUUGCCUGUGCUACACAAGAAAGAGUUGAAGAAGAUUUGGAACGAGAUUUGAUAAAUUCUUUGAAUGAUUAUGAACUUGUAAGUGGUCAAAUAGAUAAAACAGAUGAACAGUGGGAAGAGGAAAUAACUGAAUUACUUAAUUCAGCAUAAAGAACUGUUUACAUUCUUUCAUUUCUGUGAGCUAAUGCUAUUCGGUGACGAUUAAUUUAAAAUACUUCUCCAUAUGGUAUUUAAUGACAUUAUUGUUUAUCGAGCUCACUUAAAAUUCUUUGCUUUGUUUCAUUGCUUGUUUUGAAAUCAUCAAAGUGGACUUCCUUUGUGUAAGUCAUCGUCUACUCACCUUUUUCCCCCAAAUAAGUUUAGAUUUCCAUAAAAGAAGCGUUUCUGAAAUCUGAAAUUACCAUCUCUUAUGCAGUAACGUGGUAAUUGUUGUUUAAAUUAUGCAGUUAGAAAAGUUUAAAAGUUGAGUAAGGCAGAGUCUGAUAUAGGACAAACUAUAGAGCG